CUACCAGUUACUUCGACUGUCGCCCUUGAACCAGAUGGACAGUCGCUGAGCAAUCUCUGAGAACAGCUGAAUGGCGUCGAACAUCCAGGAGAUUCGCUUCAGGCGGCCCACCAACAAGCAGCCUGCCGCACCGCCCCCCAAGCCUAAGAACCGGCAUGCUGGCAUCCUGCAAGACUCGUUACGCAGGUCACAAAAGGCACCAUGGUGUCCAGGCUUCUCGGUCGCGUUCAGGACGUUCUUGCUCAUCCGGGUAGCAGGAGCGAUGUAUUCGAAUAUUCAGGACUGCGACGAAGUCUUUAACUUCUGGGAACCAUUGCACUACCUGAACCGCGGGUACGGCUUCCAGACGUGGGAGACGUCACCGGUGUAUGCCAUUCGCAGUUGGGCAUACAUCCUCCUCCACAUGCUGCCUACACGCAUCGUCUUUACGUUGCUGGGUCCAGAGAAGAGACCGGCUUUCUUUGCCGUCAGGAUGUUUCUGGCCGCGAUCUCGUCCGCGUGCGAAGCCGCGUUGUACAGAGCGGUCGUCGACAAGAUCAACUACCGGGCCGGACGCUACCUCCUCUUCAUGCUGCUCUUCAGUGCAGGCAUGUGGACCGCAUCGACGUCAUUCCUACCGUCGUCAUUUGCGAUGUAUGCGAAUGCGAUUGCAUUCUCGUAUGCAAUUGAGCCGGCUAGCAACACAAACAUGCGCCGUACUAUGUUUAGUACUCUGGCAUUUGCCACCGGGGCUAUUGUUGGCUGGCCGUUCUCACUCGCCGUGGCCAUCCCGUUCGUCUUCGAGGAACUAUUCUUGUAUGGCACAGACAAGGUGACGUCUGAGAACAAAACGUCUUGGAUAAUUGCACGUUGGCGGCGGAUGUUCACGUGUGCAGCUGUUGCAGCGUUGCUCCUAAUCCCUGUGGUCGCGCUCGACACCCUGUUCUAUGGGAAGCUCACGAUCGUGCCGUGGAAUAUCGUCAAGUACAAUGUCUUCCCAGAUGAGACCCGUGGGCCCGGGCUCUAUGGAACUGAGCCUGUCGGUUUCUACUUCAACAACCUCCUGCUGAAUUUCAACAUCCUCGUGCCCCUCGCCCUGUUCUCGCUCCCUGCAUUGGCAGUCACAUACGUAUACGACCGCAAGCGCCUAGGAGAGCGAACCAUAUACGUGGAUCAGACGUCACCCUAUAAACUUUUGGUCAUGAGGCUGGCGCCGGCGUAUAUCUGGGCAACUAUCAUGUCAGCGCAGAGUCACAAGGAGGAGCGUUUCAUGUUCCCGAUAUAUCCGCUUAUCUGCUUCAACGCGGCGGUGACGGUGUACCUGAUGCGCGGCUGGUUCGAGACGGCGUACAUCCACUUGACGAAAUCACCGUAUAGGGCCUCCCGCGCGAUCAUGUUCAGUCGGUUCACGCUCUCCAUCAUCGCAGCCUCUGGUGUGCUCUCCCUGUCGCGCGUCAUGACGCAUUGGAAGUACUACCAUGCACCCAUGUCCAUCAUCCACGCGCUCGAGGCGGACGAGAUUCCUCGACUCCUGAACACCACGGGGCACAUAUUUAUCCCACCGCCUUCUCCGAGGCAAAGCCGCUUCGACGAAGAAGAAAGAAUACCUCGUAUUGACCCGGCGCUGAUCAAACAGUUGGGCCUGCACAUGUGCAUUGGCAAAGAGUGGUAUCGCUUCCCUGGCCACUUCCUGGUGCCUGACGGUGUCCAAGUCGACUGGAUCAAGAGCGAGUUCGACGGCAUGCUUCCGGCCCAUUUCGUCGAAACGAAUGCGGAAUGGGGCCUUCCUGCGCGCGUCCUGAGUACCCGAACCGUCCCGCCAAGCCUCAACGAUCUGAACAAAGAAGCACCCGAGUUCUACGUGGACGUUGCUGAAUGCGACUAUCUCGUGGACCUCGAUUUCCCGUUGCAUCCCUCGGAAUCCGCGCACGAGCCUCGCUACGUGCUGGACGAAGCCACCUGGGAGCGAGUGAAGUGCCUGCCAUUCUUGGAUGCGCGGCACUCGUCGAUUCUGACGCGCACGCUUUGGAUGCCGGGGGCGCGCUGGCAGGAGGGAAACGAGUACGGCGAGUAUUGUCUGCUGAAGAACCGGGAGCGCGUGAAGAGAAUCGAGGGGGGCGUGACGGUGAACCGAGGUCUGUGAAGCGAUCGAAAUCUUGUUAGACAGCGAAUAAUUGCCGCGUUUGUUUGGUAGCUGUGGCUUGGUAGCCGACGCAACUUCGGUUGCGCAUGUAAUCCAUCGGGCUUCGUCCGGUUUGAGCCAAAGUCGCCUUGGGCUCCUGUGCCAGCUUCAGCUCGCUCGCGAGUACUGUAGAUGUGAGCAGUUGUGAAGCUCGCGGCAGACGAUUCAGCCACGUCGGCGGGCAGCGCUCGCGGUUCCUGCGGAGAAGGUGCACGCGGAUUGCGGGGUGUCACCAGAUAUGGCAGGUGCAUCCACGC